AUGUUGAUGCUGGGCAGGGGGCUGGACGCCAGGGAUAACCAGACCAGACAAAUACGGGAAGCUGUUUCAAAUGUGGAAAAACAUUUUGGUGAAUUAUGUCAAAUAUUUGCAGCAUAUGUACGAAAAACUGCCAGGCUACGAGACAAAGCAGACCUUUUAGUAAAUGAGAUACAUGCUUAUGCAGCUACAGAAACACCAAAUUUAAAGUUUGGAUUGAAAAAUUUUGCAGAUGAGUUUUCCAAGCUUCAGGAUUAUCGCCAAGCAGAGGUAGAAAGACUUGAAGCUAAAGUUGUUGAACCUCUGAAAUGUUAUGGGACCAUCAUAAAACUUAAAAGAGAAGAUCUUAAAGCAACUUUAACAGCAAAGAACAGAGAAGCAAAACAGUUAUCUCAACUGGAGAGGACCCGUCAACGAAAUCCAUCUGAUCGGCAUAUUAUUUCACAGGCUGAAAGUGAAUUACAGAGAGCCUCUCUGGAUGCAACUAGAACGAGUCGGCAGUUGGAAGAAACAAUUGACAAUUUUGAAAAACAAAAGAUAAAAGAUAUUAAGAACAUACUUUCAGAAUUCAUUACAAUUGAAAUGUUAUUUCAUGGAAAAGCCAUAGAAAUUUAUACUGCUGCAUUCCAAAAUAUACAAAAUAUUGAUGAGAACGAAGAUUUAGAGGUAUUUCGGAGUUCACUUUAUCCACCAGAACAUCAAACCCGUUUGGAUAUUGUUCGUGCAAAUUCCAAAUCUCCCCUUCAGAGAACUGGUUCUUCCAGAACUUGUACUGGAAUAGUUCAGAUUGCUAGGAAUCGCCUUAAGGAAGAGGAGGCAGAUGAAGAGGAAGAGGAGGAAGAGGAAGAGGAAGAAUUAGAAACCACUAAGGAGGAAAGAUAGCUUUUGCCACAACAAAAUAUUCCUCAAAUUAAAAAUGCUAAUUGUAUUUACAUUUCAUGUUAAGAUAUCAUAAGGACAUCCAUUAAAAUUACAACAAAGA